UAAUAAGUUAGAUAUACACAAAAAUUCACAAUCCUAAUUCAAGUAUUAUUUCAAUAUGAUUGGUUAAAAAAUAAGAUAGGAUUAAAUUACACCCUUUAUUGUUUGAUGUAUAGGAUAAAUAGGAUAAAAAAAAUCUAGUUGUGGGCGUUAUGUGUAUAGCACAAAUUAAACACGUUCCAUAGAAUUCUCUUGAUCAUACUAGUAAGUAAUAAGUAACAACGAUAAUAUGUGACAAAAUGGGGACAAUAAUUUGUUUUUUCUACAUUGAUAAAACUUUUGAAAAUUAAUAUAGAAUCUAAUUUAAACUUGAAUAGUUCUUUAUACAUCUUGUAUAUUCCUUCAAGAAACAUUCAUUUAUCAAAUACUUCUUUUCAAGACAUCUUAACAAGACUUUUAUCAUAGUAAUUGAAGCAUUGAACUGAAAAACAAAAUUACCAUGGAAAUUCGUAAAAGUAUUGAAGCUAAUUUUCUCACAUGUAAACAUUGUCAUUUACCAUAUAAACAACCUAAAGCAUUAGUAUGUCUUCAUUCAUUUUGUCAAUCGUGUCUAGAAGAUAUUAUAUCAAAACGUAAAGCAGAUGAAGAAGCUAAAGAAAUUGAAGCAUUAAAACUUUUGUAUAAAUCAUCAAAUUCAAAUGAAUAUUCAUCUGGUUAUCGACGUAAAUGGUCAUCACGUUUUCGUUAUGGUGAUUAUUCAAAUUCAUUAUAUGGUUCUUCACGCUAUAAUCAUACAGUUACAACAAAAGAUGAUGUAAUUACUUGUCCAAUAUGUCAAAAAGAUACGAUUGUGCCAACUGGUGGAGUAACAAGUUUACCAGCUGAUCAAUUAGCUGAUAAACUUGCAUCUAUGGUUGAUCGUAUGCCUAAUUUUCCUGUUUGUGAUGUUUGUACUAAAGAACCUUUGUUAACGGAUAAUCAUUUAAAUGGGAUUAAAUCACCACAGUCUACUUUAUCAGCACAAUUUAAACGAACUCAAUAUAAAAGUUUUAACAGAUAUGUUAGUAAUGAUGAUACAUUAAGUGAUGAUAGCGAUGCUGAUGAAGGAGUAUCACUUGACAAAUUAAGCAUGCAAGAUAGCAUGGAUAAUUCAGAAGCAUUGAGCCCGCAAACUGCACGUUCCUCUACUCACCUCUAUAAAGAUAGAAAUGAAAAGCAUUUACGUAAAUCACUUACUUCAGCUUGUAGACGUAAUGAUUUAUCUGGUCCAAGACCUGCUACUUCAGCAUGUUUAGAAUGUGGAAAGCGAUUAUGUAUCUACUGUCAAGAAGCCCAUUCUAGAAUGCCAGUUACAACUAAUCAUGUACUAAUACAAGUAGAUCAAAUGGAACAACUUCGUUGUAAUCGACAUCCUCGUGAGUUAAGACGAUUUUUUUGUUUAACUUGUCGUGCAUAUAUAUGCAUAAUAUGUGCUUUUGAAACAGUUACUGAUAGUACAGCGUUAUCUAAAGAAAGUUCAAAUUAUACUGGUCAUGCUGAUCAUGACAUACUAUCUAUGCGACAGGCUGUUGCUGCUUAUCAAGAUCAAUUAAAUCUUAAAAGUUCUGAAACACAAUCACAAAUGAAUCAGAUCGAAGUAUUUUUAAAUGGCCUACAAAUAUGUGAAAAUGAAAUGCGUCAACUACGUACUAUGGUGGAAGAUACUGCAAUGGCAUUCAUUGAUCGUAUUCACAUACAAAGAGCGAAACUGUGCGAACAAGUUGAUAAAAUGUUUGGUGUUGAACUAGAUCAAAUAACAACUGAAUGCAAUAGAUUAACAAGUGCUACAACAGCAUGGUAUAAUUUUAUCAACGAUGAUCGUGUAACCAGUAGACUAGAUCUUAUGGAUCCUAUUGAAGCACUAACUGAGGCAGGACCAAUGUUAGAUCGACUAAAUCGUUGUUUACAACUAGCUUCAAGUUCAAUAUUCACCUGUCCUAAUUGGCAGUUAUUUUUAUCACAACUAGCUAUAGCAGAGAAUUCUGUUCAAAAUACUAAUAAUAAUUUAGUACAUAUAGAAGAAAAGAACUAUGAGAAUGCUGACAAUAAGAUAAACACUAAUAAUGAUGAUGAAAAUAGUAUCAAAGAACAUAUAAUAGAGGAUCCACGUAUUACAUUUUGGCGUGCAAGAAUAGGUCAUUUUCAAUCAGGUGAAGUAAACUUAGGUAGAAUAGUUACACCAAAUCAAUUAAUUGCAGAAUCAAAAGCAAAAGCUGCACAAUUUGUUAAUACACAUGUACAAACUGGUCCCGAAUUAAUUAAAACAUUACCACCACCAAAAGGUGCAUUACUUCAUCGUGCUAUUCAAGUUGAUUUUCUAAAUGCUAAUUUAGAUGAUCGAGGCACACAAACAGAAUCACCAACUGUAACAAAUAUAUUUAAUUUUAAAAUUGAUGCUGGUACACAAUAUGUAAGUUCGGAUGUAAAUCCACCAGUUAGUAUUUAUCGCUCAAUUAAACAAAUUUUAGUACAAAAAUGAUAUUCAUUUACUUUACACUUAUUUCUUCUUUUCUUCUAUUCAAUGAGUUCAAUAGAUCAUGGUACUUUCUCUAAUAAUCGUACAAUCUAAUGUAUUUCACGAACCAUAUAAUGCUUCAUUACUCUUUAAAUUCUUCCCUUAAUACAAUCUUUCGAAUAUAUAUUGCUCACAGUUUAAUUUCUUAUUAUCUAACAAAAAAAGUGUUAUAUAAUUAUUCUCAUUAAUAUCAAAUGAAAUUGCAUUUAUUCAACUAUUACGUAAUAUAAAAACGUUUACAGUAAAACAAAAAGGAUACGUUUUUCACCUUUUACUUCUUCCAGAAUAAAUAUUAUUCAUGUUGAAAUGUUAUGAAUUCCCUUGAAGGAACUCAUAUAUAUUGGUUUUGUAUUUCCGAAUGGUAUUUGUGCCUCUCAUUACACCUUUUAUAUUAUUAUAAUAGAAUAUAUAUAUAAGUAAAAUAAAGAUUUGCGAUCU